AUGGCUCGUUUACACAUAUCUGAUAUCCCCUCCCUUCGGGCAAAUUCUGCUCCCCUGCCCUUAACUGUUGCACCGGCGACAUCAUCUGAACGCUUCAAGUCUCCCCAUACUCGUGGAAAGCCACUAGCACAGCAAUGGGAUCGCCAUUUCAGCAUAGAAAGCCGCAACUUCAAUGGUUCAGCCUUCAAAAAAGGCGCCAGUCCGGUCGCCGAAAGCAAGGUCAUCUCCCUAGGGACUGGACGGCCAACGGCUGAUUAUUAUCCUUGGGGGGGACUUUCUAUGCAGACUGUAUCGCCUAUUCAGUUGGUACACAAAGAAUUUAGUAAGACUGGUUGUGAUGCGGUGCAGACAGUCACCAAGCAUGACAGCACGUAUAAUCUCUCCUUAGCCCUGAACUACGGACAUGCGGCUGGCUCGCCACACCUGCUUCGGUUUAUCACUGAGCAUAUUGAGCUUGUCCAUGAUCCGCCGUACCGGGAUUGGAGAACGUUUCUUUCUUGUGGGUCAACUGCUGCUUUUGAAGUCGCGUUUCGCAUUUUCUGCAAUAGAGGGGAUCCGGUUUUGGUUGAGCGGUAUACCUACGCUGGGGCUCUGGAGAGUAUCGCGUUGAAUGGUGCUAUAUCAUACGGUGUUGAUAUGGACGCGGAUGGUCUGCUGCCUGAUGCCCUAGAAGAAGUAUUAUCCUCUUGGGAGUUAUCGCAGGGCCCGAAGCCGCGAGUGCUGUAUACCAUUCCCACAGGGCAGAAUCCUACCGGAUUCAGUCAACCAGAAGAACGACGGAAAGCAAUUUAUAAUAUUGCAGAAAAGCACGAUCUGAUAAUCAUCGAAGACGAUCCAUACUACUUCCUCCGAAUGGGCCCUUGCGAGGGCGUCCAUAACGGAGAGGAGACGGUUGAUAUAUCCAGUGAUAUGUUCAACACCUACGCAGAGCCGUCCUAUCUUUCCCUGGAUACCUCCGGCCGCGUCGUCCGUCUCGACUCAACAUCCAAAAUCCUGGCUCCAGGCCUACGGGCCGGCUGGGUUACAGCCUCAGAACAGAUUAUUGAGAAGUUCCUCGCGUACCAGGAAGUCAGCACCGUGGCUGUAAGCGGGCCGUCGCAGAUAAUGCUGUGGAACCUCCUGGACGUAACCUGGGGUCACGAUGGGUUCAAGUCUUGGUUAGUGCACCUCUCGAGCGAGUACCAGCACCGCCGCGAUAUUCUUCUCCAUGCGUGUGAGAGAUAUGUUCCCAGUGAGCUGGCGGAGUGGGUGCCGCCGGGAUAUGGGAUGUUUCUCUGGAUUAAAGUGCACUGGAGGCGACAUUCUGUUCUGGGUGCAUUGGCUGAGGCUCUCACUACUGAAGAGAUAGAUUCGCAGCUCCAGGAGCUAGAGUCCCGGAUUGCUACCAAGGGUCUUGAGGACGGAGUUUUGGUUGCGAAAGGAUCGCUGUUCUCUUGGGAUAAGAAGCCUGGUGGGCAGCUGCACUUUCGUAUGACUUUUGCUGCGGCUGAUAAAGAGGAUUUGGAAGAAGGUGUCAGACUGUUUGCAAAUGCAUUGAAGAGGGAAUUUGCGUCUGGCCUGUCGUAA